CACAAACCGCACGAACUUGGGCGGACCAACGCGUGUUUUUAGGUGUUGGUUUCAGUGUGGUCUGCUAGCAACGAUUGCUAUGCGGUUGUUUGUUAGCCGGUCCACUUGUCCGGGAUAUUAGGCGCUCUGUUUGGUGGUUCACAGUUGCAACGAUGGUUUUCCUGAGGGCUCAACACAUCAAGUUUUUCCAGAGAUGUCUCAACGUACUUCCCAGCGCUAUGUCAUCGUUGGACGAAAUGAGAAUGACUGUAGCAUAUUUCGCGGUUUCUGGGCUGGACCUUCUCAACGCUCUGGACACAAUAGAAAACAAAGAACACAUCGUUGAAUGGAUAUACUCGCUCCAGGUCUUGCCGAAUAAAGAUCGGACUAACCUUGAUCGCUGUGGUUUCAAGGGAUCUCAUGCCACUGGCUUCAAAGGAAACGAUUUGGAUGAUUCUGCAAGCAAUUUUAACUGUGGCCACAUUGCCAUGACAUACACCGCCUUGGCAACACUCAUUAUUCUCGGUGAUGACUUGAGCAGAGUGGACAAGCACGCCAUCAUGCAAGGUCUCAAAGCACUCCAGCAAGAGUCCGGAAGCUUUAUAGCUCUCAUCCAUGGAAGCGAGGACGAUAUGCGUUUUGUAUAUUGUGCCGCAGCAAUAUGCAGUCUGCUGCAUGACUGGUCUGGAUUUGACAAAGAAAAAGCUGUGAGCUUCAUUCAGGGCUGCUACGGAUACGAUGGAGGGAUAUCACCAUAUCCAGGAACAGAAUCACAUGGGGGAUCGACGUACUGUGCGGUGGCCUCACUCAUCCUCAUGGGAAAGCUGCACUCGGCGCUGAGCGAGCGACAACUACGCAGUCUGGAACGGUGGUGUCUGAACCGGCAGUUGUCAGGAUUCCAGGGUCGCCCAAACAAACCCAUUGACACAUGCUACUCCUUCUGGGUGGGCGCAGCCCUGAAGCUCUUGGGUGCAUUCAAGUUUGUGAACCACAAGGAGAACCUAGAAUUUCUCUAUUCAACGCAAGAUCCAAUCACUGGCGGCUUCAGCAAGUGGCCUGACAGUGAUCCCGAUCCGAUGCACGCUUAUAUGGGAAUUGCAAGUUUGUCCCUAAUGGGCGCUGAGAAGGUGGCGCCACUCGAACCUGCACUCAACAUCAGCCAGCGAGCAGAGCAGCACCUGAAGAAAGUCCACCUCUCGUGGGAGUCACUCGAGCUCAAAGAAAACGGCGUGGGUGGAGCUGGAGACAGAUGAUAGUGCGCCAGACUACCUGAGGCAAUUUGCAGUUGUUACAACGUUGUGGAUGCAGUCGCUGCACCUUUUGACAUAUCGUACUUAGCGAACUUCGACCAUUGUCUUUUACGUUUUCUUUUCCUUCUCAGCUGCGAUGCAAUGCUGGUAAACAGCGAGUGCCAGUGGUUGGACAGCGAGACGAUUGUGCAAGAUCGUCUUUUUUAGGUUUUGUUAUAUUCUCUCUGCCACAUUUAUGCUCGUGAUGUUCAGAUUAUCUUUUAACUCCACUUUGUACGUGUCGUAUACUCUUGCAAUACGUGUGCAUUGUAUCACAGAUGAUUUCCUUGCACAAAAGCAGCCAACGAGAUACUUGUGGUGACACGCUUGGUUUGAGCAGCGUGUAAGCUGGCAUUACACACUGUAUGCUUAGCGCUAAUGAUUGUGGGCAUGUGUCCUCUAGUAUUGCGUAUUCAACAAGCCUUGGUGGCUUGCAUUGUUUCUGUGAGCACUUUUGCCGAUUUUGUGCAUCACGCACGAUAUGCCGUGUUAUUGUUCCUGUGGAAUUAAUUCGCACCUCUAUAACUGUGCUGGAUAAUAAUUCUCUUGCACAGAAAUGUUGACCUUUUGUAUGCGACACUAACCUAUUUAAGAAUGCGUGCGAUUCCUCCGAGCUUACAUUCAUGUUAUUUCGCAGUGUCAAAAAUGGAACAGGUGUGAUAAUAUGAUGUCGCUGAUGUGAUUAAAUAAUUAGGAGUGUAGGU